GUUUAUUUUUCGUUUCAGCUGAUUUUUUUUUUUUCUGUUUAUUCGGUUUGUCUUUAUCUGAUUUAAUACAGUUUACUCAUUAUUCAAUUAAUUUAGCCUCCGAAUUUUUCUGGGUUUUAUCCUUUCUUUUAGCUUUAAUUGUUUUUGUUAGGCAGGGAAGCAAAUUUAUGCAGUUUGUUAGAUGGGUUGUUGUUUUAGCUGUUUUGGUGGUGAAAUUUUGAAGUAAAAAUAUGAUUAGGGUUUUGAUUUGUCUCUUAGUUUCUAAUGGAAAGAUUGCAACUUUUUCUAAUUUGUUGGGGGUAAGUAAGAUUUAGAGAAAUGGGUUAUUUUUGGGUGACAGUCAUGAGUUAAUGGAGCUGGAGAAUUUGGAAAUCCUUGUUAGUUUGUUUUUGGUGUAAAUUUGUGGAUCUGAAGCUAAAGAGAAUAUGCAAUGGAAAAGUAAUGGUAAUUUCCAAAUUUGAUCUGAAUCUUGUGGAAAGGUGUGAAGGAUAAGUUGUUUGCUUCUGAUGAUUUUUCACACUCUGUCCUGCUUCUUCAUAAUUGCAAAUUCUUGAAAAUGGAAUCUUUUGUCAUGAUCUCAGUGUUGUCAAGCUGCUGUUGGUGGAUUGAAUAAAGCCACUGUUGUGAUUGUUUUCAUUGAUUUGUCUGUUUCUUAAACUUAGGGGUGUGUUGGAAUUUACUCUCCCAUGUUUCGUUUGUCUAGUCAGUAGUGGUUGUUGUGCGCGUACGAUCCACUGAGGUUUAACCCUGCAUCAUUUCGAUUCGUUUUUAAAAAAUGGUUAUUGAAAUGUGUAGUGCUAGUAAAUUUUCUGUUUCGUUUACCUAUCAUUUUCCUGAUUUUUUUAUGAACGUGGCUGACUGAGUGAAUUGGAUGUACAUAUAGAGUUGUUUGCACAGCUAGCUUUCAAGUUUAGAAGAUGGGGUCUAAUUUCAAUUUCAAGAGCUUUGGUGAAGCACCACCAGUGGAAGGCAAUGGUGGGAGGGCAGGAGGAAGUUUUGGAUUGGUGCGGCAGUCUUCGGUGUACUCAUUGACGUUUGAUGAGUUCCAGAACACGAUAGGUGGACUUGGAAAGGAUUAUGGAUCAAUGAACAUGGAUGAACUGUUGAAAAAUAUAUGGACCGCUGAGGAGACUCAAGGCAUGACGGCUACUUCUGGGGUCGGAGGGGAAGUAAAUGCCCCGGGGGGUAAUUUGCAGAGACAAGGUUCGUUAACGUUGCCGCGAACGCUUAGUCAGAAAACGGUUGAUGAGGUUUGGAAAAAUUUGAUUAGAGAGACUACUGAUUAUAAGUAUAAUAAUGUUGCCGCCGGUUCGAAUUUGCCACAGAGACAACAAACUUUGGGAGAGAUGACCUUGGAGGACUUUCUGUUGAAAGCAGGGGUCGUGAGAGAAGAUAUACAGCCACCAGUUGUAAGGCCUAAUAAUGGUGGAUUCUAUGGUGAAUUAUACCGUCCUAAAAACAACGUUGGUUUAGCUUCCGGCUUUCAACAACCGAAUAUAAGCAACGGUAUUUUGGGGAAUCGAGUUGCGGACAACAAAAAUUCAGUUCCAAAUCAGUCUCCUACUUUAGCACUUAAUGUUGGUGGAGUGAGAACUUCUCAGCAACAAACGCUGCAGUUGCCCCCACAACAGCAGCCACUCUUCCCCAAGCCUUCAACCAUGGCGUUUGCCCCAUCUAUGCAUUUGGUAAACAAUGCUCAGCUAAGUAGCCCAAGAACUAGGGGACCAAUGGCUGGGGUUGUGGAACCUUCUAUGAACACCGCUUUCUCUCAAGCUGGAGGGUUUCCGGGCGCAGGAAUUGGCGCGGUUGGUUUGGGCACUGGGGGCGGUGCAGUUGCAACAAGAUCUCCUGCAAAUCAGAUAUCCCCGGAUGUAAUUGCUAAGAGCAGUGGGGAUACAUCUUCAUUGUCGCCGGUACCUUACAUGUUUAACCGGGGAAGGAAGUGCAGUGGAGCUGUGGAGAAAGUAGUUGAGAGAAGGCAAAGGAGAAUGAUAAAAAACAGAGAAUCUGCUGCAAGGUCUCGCGCUCGUAAACAGGCCUAUACCUUAGAACUAGAGGCAGAAGUUGCAAAACUUAAAGAAAUGAACGAAGAAUUACAGAAAAAACAGGAGGAAAUUAUGGAAGUGCAGAAAGAUCAGGUACAUCAUUGUUCGUAUCUCUCCAGUCUCUAUGUAAUUCAUUGCUCUCAGAUAAGAUAACCAAUGAAGCAAAACAAAUGUUGGAGACAAUGAAGCGGCAAUGGGGAGGCAAAAGGCAAUGCUUACGACGAACAUUGACAGGCCCUUGGUAACUCGGAUGAAAUUGGACUGCGAAUAUAAGAUGAGUGCUCGAGUUUACGAACGUUAUAGGUAGUUCGGUACAGAGAUUGGAGCUUGUAUCUGGUAUCUGAAUCCAAUCUUAUACUAGAAACAGUAGGUAACUGGUCUGUAUAGGAGAGGAGUGUUGAGUUGUAAAUUAUAAAAAUAAUUAAAGUUAAUUAGUCUCAUCCUGUAGAUUAAACUUCUUGUGUUUUUGGUGUAUUCUUUGCUUCUCAUUUGAUGGCAGGGGGAAUCUAGUUUAAUUAAACAAGCCAUAUUUGGACUA